AUGAUGCAGAAAACUGUGCUGAUCAUUUACCUGGGUGUCCUUGGACUCGCAGUGACUUGCUUUUUUUGCUCUCUAGGAAGCAAGCCCAUAAGACGCAAGACUAGCAACAAAAUCAUGGCAACAUCUGGUGGAACUGGGCGCUCUCCCCUCAGCAUCCUACAGGAUGAUAAUUCCCCCGGUGCUCUUGUGCCUCGUCAGGGUAAGAGGCAUGCACUGGGGGAAACACUUGGGGAGAGGAAGGAAGUGACAGUGGAUCUGAACAGGAGCCUCAAAUCUGGGAGCUGUACCUGGAGUGACUUGAACAAAGAGAACCAGCAGUGUCCUUUUGUGGAGAACUAGAUCUCCUUUCCCUGGAGCUUGCUACAAUUCUCUUCUACAUUUUGAGUCUCUUAGGUGCGAGGAAAUCCUGCCAUAGACUGAAACUCCAGACUUACAGUCACUUCUUGCAUUUCCCCCUUUCGGGAAGGAGGUACUCUCUCUCUCUCUCUGUCUCUCUCCCUCCCCUAGCAUUGUGUGUCUCAUGUACAGUGCUGACUUUGGUUCUUCUACUUAUGUCAGUUGUAUUGACUCACUAUAUGGUUCU